AUGCAGGAGGAGGACCUGCCCGUGCUCAAGAGCAUGCCGGGCAGGCGCCUCCGGAGGCGCUUCGACCGCGGCAUGCCCGUGCAGGUGUACCUGGGAGCGGAGCAGGGCUUCCUCACGGGCACGGUCGUGGAGCCCGCGAGCGGGCCAGAGCCCAGGGACAUCAUCCCGUCGCCGAGACCGAGGCGGAUCCUGUCCCCAGAGGCCUCCCCCUCGACGUCGCCCUUGUGCUCCAGCGACGACGACGACGACGACGACGACCCGCACGGCGUCGACGUCCGCUCCAGCGCCGGUACCGCCGAGGUCGAGACUGCCGUCGUCCCACAGCGCCACGCGACGGCCACUGUUUCGAUCUACGGCCGGAGCGGACCCCAUCGCACCUACCCCGAGUACAUGAUCAGGCCGCUGAUCGAGCGGCGCGGGGCGCGGUCCUGGAAGUUCGGGAGCAUCAUGAGCAUGUCGCUCUUUGACAGGGACGAGGGUCACGUCCUCGAGGACCUCGACGGACCUUGGGGGUUCUCGCCGCAGCCUUCGCCGAGAAGUGGGCCAGAGUCCGAUCAACCGCUGUCGUAUUUUUGGGGGUUCUUCUCGCCGCAGCCUUCGCCGAGAAGUGAGCCAGAGUCCGAUCCACAGUUGAACGCCGGCCAGUUGAAUGGAGGCGACGUUUAA